AUGCCACUUGAUCGCAAACAUGUGAUCGCAGCCGGCAUAGUCGCUUUCGUGUCCUGGGCCUACCUGACCGACUGGCUCCCGGCCCUGCGCUGGAUCCCGCACGCCUUCACCGCCGGCCUCCUCUCCGCCCUCGCCGGCCUGCUGUACCUCAUCUGCACCACGUCAAACGGCACGCUCGGCCGCAGCGAUGCCUACCGAAUCAAUGCGCCCGUCGCGCCCGCCUUCAUCGCCGCAAAGGCGUGGGAGGAGGAGAAGGCGACCUUGUUGUCAAGAGCAGAGUACCGCAGACCCAUGAUAUUCCCUGAGGCGGUGGCCUUUUCCAAAUCUGUCGAUCAGUUGCUGGACUUGGUGAUUCGGGAUCGCGUGACGAGUUGGUAUGGUGCGAUUAGCAAGAGGACGCUAUUUCAGAAUGAGAUUGAUCGCUGCAUCCGCUCCGUCCUCCUUACCGUGGCGGCGCGCAUGACGGAUUUUGAUCUGGUCGAGCUCGGCGUGGCGAAUAUGCUGCCGCUGUUCACGGCGCAUAUGAGGGACUUCUACGAGGCGGAGCGGCUGGUGCGCGGCAAGGACCUGUCCCAUCAUGUCACGGAGAGCGAGGAGCUGCACAUGGCUAUCGCGGGAAAGUAUCGAAAUGGGAAAAUCCAUACCGUCGCUUCUCUGGCCUUCGCCGACACCACGACCGCACAGCAGCAGUACUUUCGCGCGCUCAUCGCGAAGCUCCUACCCAUCGUGCUGCCGGAUAACAUGAAGUCGAGCCCCGCGGUCAUUGUCCUCAUUCGCGAAAUCGUGGCGUGCGCCGUCCUCACCCCCGUCGUUACCCUCCUGCUCGAUCCGGACAUCUGGAACCAACUCAUUGUGAACUUCGGGGGGCCCAUGCUGCAAGAUCGCAAGGCGGUGCGGAAAGUCCGCGCCGCGCUGGAUCAGAAUUCGCCGGUGAAGACGCUGCGGACGGCGCAGUUCCCUCGUCUCCGACCAUAUGAUAGCGAGAGGCAGUUUGAGAGGUUCAUUCGCGCCAUCCGACACAUUACUAUCUUGGCGGACGCGAAGAAGAUGCGGAGCGAGGUCAUGAGCCAGAUGCGGCGAGACGCCGCUGUUGAUGGACAAGAUGCUGCAUAUCUCCGUCGCUUGGAUACAGGCAAGCGCCUGCUUGACCAGAAGAUUGCUAGUCUAUCGGCCAAUGGCCCUGCGAAGCCCAAGCUGCAGAUGGAUACCGCCAACAUCAACCCUGCUUCGUCGCUCAAGAAGCGUCAGGCGACUUUGCGUGAGGUUCUUUACGAUGCGCCUGGCCUCAGCUAUUUUAUGGAGUUCAUGGAUCGAUUACGGCUUACGCGUCUGGUACAAUUCUACAUCGUCGUCGACGGUUUUCGAGGACCUCUGGAAGGUGACUCGGACGAGCUUAAUCUCCGCAUGGCCGACGAAGCAGAUCGUCUGGACGUGGCGCAAAUGUACGAAGCAUAUCUCAGCCAACCAGAGCUGCACACCAGCGGCUCAGUGCUCGCUCGUGUCCGGACGUUCCUGAAGGCCGGUACCGAUGCGAGCGCUUACGAGUACGUCGCCGCUCGCCAAGCUGUAUUGCAGACGCAGACACAAGUCUACAAUACCAUGAAGGACACGCAUUAUGAGAACUUCAAGCGCUCUGAUCUGUACUACAAGUGGCUUGCGAUUGACGACAAUCCUGCCUUGGCUGCGAUGCAGAGCAAACAGACUGGGAGUCCCCUUGCCGUCGAAGGUGCACAGAGCAGGGACGGCUCGCCAGUCAGACAGCGCAGACCACCGCCGCCACAAGCAAACAAAGAACCGGAGCUCAGGCGUGCGGUCCUGUCAUCCACGAACGUGAAAGACAUCGGUCAGCUGGCAAGCAAUGGAUCGAACGGCCGACGUUCGUUGGAUGAUACGUCCAUGCGCCCUGCACUCUUUGAUGACGACGUCGAUGACGAGCGUAUGGUGCGGUCUACGUCGAGUGUUCGCAGUUUUGACUCGGACGCUGAGGCUGCCCAGCAGUCUCGCGACGAAGCCAGAGCCGUGGAUGCCAUGCAGGCUGCGCUGGAUGGUAUUGUGCGUGAAGAGGACCGAAGCCCGUUGUUUGGUGAUCAUUUGGAUCAGCAACCCAUUGGCUCCACCGACCCAAGGAAGCCGAUGGAUAGGCUCAGGGGAACGGAGUCGGCACGGAGCUCCUUGGACUUGGAUCGCCCUGUGCUAUCGACUACCAGUUCAGACCGUGGCAAGCCUAGCAUCGCAUCUCUCGGCCUGGUCGGAGUGCCGUCGAGCCACGGCGUUUUCGUCGAUGAUCUCUUCGGCGACGAAGCGCAGAAAUUCGCCGAGGACGAGCACGAGGAUUCCGCUGGCACGGAUCACAGCGACGAAGACCAGGUGCAGGAAGCCGCACCCGGCGAUCUCGGCCUGACAGAAGCCAUCGACGUGCUCAAUGCGGAGAUUGAGAAACUCACCGCGCAACGCCAAAUCGUCGAUUCACUCACCGCCAAAGCGGAGCUCACGAACAAUGCGGCCGAGCUGCGCAUCCUGCGGAAGUCCGAGCAGAGCCUGCAGCGCGAGAUCAAGCGCAAGGAGAUGCAGAAGCAGCAGUACGUCGUGCAAGAGAGCGACAACAGCUUGUACGGCCGCGCGGCGGUGACCAUCAAAUCGGUGAUGAUCGGCAGGGAGGAAGACGGGCACGAGUUCGCGCUGUACGUCAUUGAAAUCAAACGGCAGGCCGGCGAGCAAAUGCCCGCCGCGACGUGGGUGGUGACUCGACGCUACAGCCAAUUCCACGAGCUGCACAAACGCCUGCGCGCCCGCUUCCCCUCCGUGCGCCAGCUUGACUUCCCCAAACGCCAGGCCCUCUUCACGCUGCAGAAGGACUUUGUGCAGAAGCGCCGCGUCACGCUCGAGCGGUACCUUCGCUCCCUCCUCCUCGUGCCCGCCAUUUGUCGCAGCCGCGAACUGCGCGCCUUCCUAUCGCAGUCCUCUAUCGUCUCGAAUGGGAACGACGGCACACAAGCGGACGCAAAGGACUUUGUCACGCGCAUUUACAACUCCGUCUCGGACGGCAUGGAGGAGUUCCUCGGCAACAUCCCCGUGCUGGACCAGCUGUCCGUCGCCGGGCAGAACCUCAUCUCCGCCGCGACAUCGCAGAUGCAGCAGGGCGCGGCCGCCAUCGACCAGCUGGACCCCGCGGUGCAGGAUCCCAGCACAUCCGCCGAAGCCGAGGCGGAGCUGAACGCGUACGAAACGAAAGAAGUCGAGCCGUUCGUCAAACCCAUCUGCGAUCUAUUCCUAGAGACCUUCGAGCUUUCCAAGGGGAACAGCUGGCUGCGCGGGCGCACGGUAGUUGUGGUACUGCAUCAGUUGCUGGGCGGCACGAUCGAGCGGCGCGUCCGCGAAGCGGUGCGAACCGCGACCGAGGAUGAGAGUCUAGUGCGCUGCGUCGAUUUGCUCAAAAACACCAUGUGGCCCGACGGGCAUUCGCGCUCGAGUCCCGUGCCGCGCACGGCGGCGCAGAAGACGCGCACAAAGACCGAGGCGAGUCUGAUUCUCGGCGCGCUGAUUCCGGAUGUGUCGGGGAGUGUGGUGGGCAAGGCGAAUGCGCAGGCGGCGAGUCGCAAGAUUGUCGCUGCGUUGAAUAAUGAGCGACUUAAUACCCACCUCGUCUUCACGAUCAUCGACGAGUUAAUCCGGAUUAUUUUCCCCGAGACUAUAGAGAAGUAA